AUGGGAAUAGAAUUCUAAACCAAUUAAAUUUUUACUUUAGAUAAAUUUGAAUAACGUUUCUAUAAAAUUAAUACAUUGAGAACCUUUAUAAUUAUUUAUUCCACUACACAGUAUAAUUAAUUAACAAUAUCAUAUUUAUCAAUUAUAGAUACGAAUUAUUCAUUAUGUUUUAGGCAACAAAAAAUUAAAUCUAAAUUGAAUAAUUUCCUUUAUCCUGUCAGAAUAAAGUUCACAGAGGAGGAGUUACACAAAGAUUCCUCCUUACACAAAGAAAUCCUUGAUACUAAAAGUUUUUCAAAAUGGGUUGAAGAUUAAGCAAUUAUGAGUAAUUCUAAAUGUAGGCUAAUAAUUACAACUGAAGUAUGCUACUGCCAAAACAACCAUACUUAAUUAUAGUAAGAAAGUGGUAAGAAAAACACUUAUAUUUAAAUCCAAGAAACCUAGUUUAAUUCUUCCUUUAGACAAUAUCAAUAAUAAAAGAGAUAUUAUUGUUGUCUCUUUGGUGGCUGGAAAACUCUAAAAUUCAUAAUGAAUAAUUGA